GCACCUAUAAUCUCAGCUACUCAGGAGGCUGAAGCAGGAGAAUCAUUUGAACCCAGCAAGCAGAGGUUGCAGUGAGCCAAGAUUACUCCACUGCACUCCAGCCUGGGCAACAAGAGUGAAACUCAUCUCAAAAAGUAAAAAUUAAAAAAUGGAGAUUUGCUGACUGUGAGGAGUAGGGCAUGUUGGGGAAGGGUAAGGAUCUGCCCUGGUCCCUGCCCCUUGCUCCUCUCCACUUUGCCUGUGCACAGGAUAGCUGCCAAGGUGGCAAAUGCCCAGCCCCUUGCCCACUCCAGGGGCCUGUCCAGGCUCUUGGGCACUUCCUGAGCAGCAGGACACAUUCUGCCCUUUGUGGCCCUGAAAGGAAGCAGCUUAUCAGAAGGGUCUGUUCCGGCUCUCCCACCACUGACUGCAAGUUUUUGAAGCCCUGGGAGCUGCCUUCAGUAGAGGAGGCCCUGCGCUCAGCCGCUGCGGGUCGAACUCUGAAGGCCAGGCCAGAAGGAGAGAAAAUGUGGCACGGCUUGGCAGUUCCCAGAUGCGCGUGCACAUCCAGGUGCGCACGCUCCGCAGGAGCUGGUGGUAGCCGGGCAGUCUUGGCUGAGACUUACUUGCUGCGCUUCGGUGCGCACAGGCCCUGCGAUGCCAACCUCCUGGUCCCGCCCUCCCGCCGCAGGCGCCCGCGCCUGGGCCGCUCACAAGCCUUCGACUCUUCCCGGACUCCAGACCCCAGACAGCUCCGCUCCACCCUGCGGAUGACGGAGAGAAAGUUCCUUACAAGCCCCUCACGUGGGGCAAGAUAGGAGGUACCACCUGGGGCGGGGCCUGGCUCACCACUGAGCAGGGGUAUUGGCCAAGGCCCUCCCCCUAGUGGUGAGUACUCCCUUGGUUCCCCCUCGUAGCCGCUGCCAGAUGACCCCGCCACACGUCGGAAGCAGCCUUGGAAACCUGCCUACCUGUUUCAUGCCCGCCCCCUACAGCCUUUCCUCUGGGCAGCCCAGGGAGCUUUAAAAAUGCAAACCGGGGGAGGACUCAAGAUGGCGCUGUGAGAACAACCCAGGAUUGGAGCUCUUCUCGUUGAAUCUGCAAACGAGACCCAAACGAAAAGUCAGCAACUACGCAGACGACCAGCGGACAAAUCCACAAAGAUGGGAAGAAACCAGCGCAAAAAGGAGGAAAACACCCAAAACCAGAACACCUCGCCUCCUAGAAAGGACCAAAACUCCUCACCAGCAAGGGAACAAAGCUGGACGGAGAAUGACUGUGACGAAA